AUGGAGGGCGUGGAGGGUGCAGAGGAUGUGGAGGUGGAGGAUGAGUCUUUGGCCAGCCAACUGUCCCGCGCUAUGGGGGUGGGCAAAGAGGCUGACCUGCCUAACCAAAACGGCACGAACACGGAGGGCAGCAAGGAGGUCAAAGUAGAGGAUGCUGGAGAUGGCAAGGCCGACGGAGACGUGCAGGCGCAGCCAGCGAACCUGCAGCAUGCUGAAGCGGAUGCAGGUCCAGAGGUAGUGCCUGCUGCAGAGGACCAAAUAGACGACAUUGUGCCAUUCAUCUGCUACGACGAGGAGAAGGGCAGCUUCUCCAAGGAUGACAGAUGGAUCUUGCCGAAGCGAAACCAGUUUCCGCUGAUCUUCUGUGCACUUCGAGUUCGGAUUCGGCUGGAACCCAUCGAGCCUUCCGGCGGCUCUGCGAAUCCGUGGAAUCUCACGCCAGAGCAGGUGGAGGUACUUCUGCGGAAACUCCUCGGCCUGGGGGAUCUGCUGGUGCGCUUCGAUGAUUGCCGUGAUCGGAUCGAUGCAGUGACCAAUGCACGCGAGUUGAUUGCGGCCCUCAAAGCUGAUUUACCAGCAGGCCUAGCUGUUGGCGACGUGAAGGAGGUGUCCGAGCACCAGAUGUUGGCUACCGUUGUUAAUGUCUUGGAGACUUCGGACGACAUGGAUCCGGAAAGGAUCAGCUCGCUGGCAGUCCGUCUCAAAGAGGGCGGGUCCUGCGACUCGAUUGUUCUGGAGUUACCACAGAUCUGGAUCAUAUCGGACCCAGAUUUCAGAGCCAAGACUGCGAGCAUUGGCUUGUACCCUGGCAGCUUCUGGAUGGGCUUCCUCAAAUCCUGGGGAGCAGUGAAGAUCGCUGAAGUCUUCUUCAGGAAAGUCGAUCCGGACGACAAGCGCCGGGAACCCACGGUUACUGUUGCUGUUCAGUUCCGAGAACGGGAGAACUUGAAAAUGUGCUUCACGUUCCUGUACGACCGUUAUCUGGUCCAUCCCAAACAGAAAAAUGCGCUACGGCAGCCGUGGUGCAAACUGGCGGACUUUGAGGAAUUCAAGGCAAAAACCCUGGGGAAGCCUGUGCCUAGCAGACCAAAGGCUGCAGCACCCGACGCCGGCAAGUUGAAGAUCAAUCAGCCGACAAAGCAACACGCUCCGGCUGUGCCAAAGGCCACUGCGGCGGAGGCGAAAGCUGCGAAAGCAGAAGACUUUGAUCGGCAGCUGACGCCCGCGGAGGCAAUGAAAGGUCUUUCCGGAAGGCAACUGGAAGCUUUCCAGAUGGUCAUGAGCCGGAUGGAAAGACUCGAACGCGAAAACCAGGAGCUCAUGCAGCUGUUGAUUCAGAUGCAAGGUUUGCUUCAGCAAACUCAGCAGCGAAAUGCGCAGCUUGUAGGACAAGCGCGGGCCGAGGCUGUCAAUUCUGUCACUGGCACCGCAGCUGGAGUAGCGCUUGAGGCUCAUCGGCAGAUGAUGGCGCAGGCCCCCUCCCGGCCAAUGCCGCCACCCUUUGCAUUGCAGACGCCGCUCACGCCACCUCCUGCGCCUGCGACUGCGCAUGCGGCCUUGGGCGACAUGCAGAAACGAAAGGCCUCCGGUGAGGAUGUCGAGGGAGCCGACGGCGACGACGCCGAGGCGCCGUGGAAACGGCAGAGGCGGAGACCGCGACGGGGAGCCGAAGAGAAAGGCCCAGGUGAAGCUGUGGAUCCGGAGACGGCCACGGCCAGAGCGGAGGUGAAUGGUGGGAACGGCGAAGAGACGCUAGGCCUCGCCGCCUACCACGAUGCCUUGCUGGGCGUCUGA